UUACCAGGUGAUCCAUUCUGGGUUCUGUCUACAGACUACAGUAGUUUCUAUCUGGUCUACUCCUGCACAGAUUACUUUGGUAAGGCUGGGACUUCCUUACCAAUUUGUAACGGAGUAUGCUUUUGUAAUUGACUGCUGUAGUUGAAUCCAUUGAUUCUCAAUAAAGUAUUGGUUAUUAUUAUUAUUUGGUCUGUUCCGUCGACUUGGAUUGUUGCCCGCACACGAUCAUUGCCAAGUGAUGUCAUCAGUCAUCUCCAUGGUGACCUGGAGGCCAUCGGUGUCGACCUCAGACGCCUCACAUUGUCAGAUCAGAUGGGCUGCGACACUGUGGCC